AACGACAGGAAGUUUUAUGAACGUGAUCGUGCGAGACCGAUUCGUGGUGACAUAACUUAUGUGAGGCUGCAGAUGUUUCUUUAACGACGAUUUUAAUAAUUUAACUAGAGAUUUUUACGCAAAUAUAAUAUCUGGUGAACGUUUUAAAAAAUCGGUUCUGUGUAAGGGAAAAUUUUAUCCAGCGGAGAUGACGAGUGCCUGGCAAAUCAAUGCAAUGGCACUUUUUAAAAUAAUGAUAUGAAAGUGGUGCUCGGAUGGGCCACGGCGGGCUAAAAAAAGGCGGCGGCGCGUAGGAAGCGGACCAAGAAGUGGCAGAUAAGGAGACCUCGUGUACUCCUCGUCCAAAGGGGCAGCAAACGUUGACGGAUCUCGUCAGUCGACGUACGCUCGUCAUCGCGUUAGCCACUGUGCCUCACAGAUUUCCUCGUUUCUUUAGAAGAGUGAGUGUUAUCGUGUAUUGUGAAAGGAGUGGAAUAGUAAUCAGUACGAGAGUAAAGACAGUGAAUCAUGAAAUUGAUCAAAUAUACAAGAACAGUGGUUCAAUAAUUUUUAACUAACGAACUAAUAAGCUUGUAUUUAUAAAUAGCGCAUUAUUUGAAUUAUUAAUAAGAAAUCAAUUAAAGAACUUUCGGAAGCAGAAUAAAAUUCUAUUAUACGCGGAAACAUAUGGAAGUUUAUGAGAUUUCUUAGAAGUGAACAGGAAGAGGGAAAAGUGGAGCAUGUGCCUAAUAGCAACUGGCUCGAGAAUGUGAUUAUUCUCGGAGAAACAUGUGUAAUAAUUUUGUUCAGAUUGAACGAGAAACCUUGGAGAUAUACGAAUGGGAAAACAAUAGUCAGAAAGAAAUAAGUUUCGGACGAUGAAUCAAACGUGAGAACGAUAAGCGAGAGAAGUUAUCAGCGAGUGUCACCGGGUAUCGUGCUUUCCGAGAAAGCAGUGAAAAUUAAUUAUUUUCAAUAAGGCAAGGUUGAAGUUCAUCGGUUCAGCCGACGGUUCACGGAAGACGCGUUUAAAACCCCAAAGCGGUUCAUUGGAGGCGGAAAGAGGAAGCUCUUUCUUCGAGGACGACGCUUAAGCGAUUCCCGCCGUCGUUUUUUGCGACCGCGGCAAGAAAAUCGGACGAUGGUUACGGAUAGAACGACUUAGCGGCUGCCGAGAAACGAAAAGGGUAAAAAGGAGAAACAUGGACAGAAAGAGAGAGAGAGAGAGAGAGAUGAAUUCAAGUGGCUGGACGGAUAAGGAACACUCGUGCGUUUAAUCGUCUCAGCCGAGGGUCAGACAAACGAUUGCUACCGUCUUACACUCCCAUAACAACUUGUUAUAUUCUGUGAUACAUAUUUCUAAAUAUCAUACAAUAAAAACACUUGCGAAUUUAAUAAUUCUCGAAAUAUGCAAAUAUGACAUUACUUUAUUCACGCAACCAAGCAAGCAAUCUUAUUUACGCUUCCAAUAAAGAAAUCAUAUUACAUUAUCUUGACCUCAAUUGUAACCUUCUUUCAUCAUAAAACUAUGAUAAUUCAAAUUAAGUUCAAGUGUCCAAAAUGACAAUUCUUUCGAAAGUUGUAUUAAAAUAUACACACAAUCACGCUCGAUGAAGUUUCUCACCGAACGAAACGAAUUUAAUGGAGUUAAUGGAGAAACGUCUGAAUGCUAAAUCUUUGUUCAAAUCAUCUGCAACAGAGAUAAACAACUUGGAUACAAAAGAACUGUGCAUGUUCGAAUAGAUGAGAAAGGAAAACAGAUAAAACAUAAGAAAAUGCAGUGAAUAAUAUAUGAAAUAUAUACGCGCUCGCACUGUUCGUUUGGAAACAUGUUACGACGAGGGAGCGCAUAAAGACGAUACAAAAUGGGCGAUUCGGUAACAAACGGCACGAUUUUCGGUCUCGAGUCGGGGGGCGAGACUCUGAAGCACUUUCCGCGACCAGUUACUAUCGCGGCCGCCGUUUGCGCGAUAAUUUUCAGCAUCGUCGGAGUCGCAGGUAAUCUGGUAACAGUGAUUGCACUCUUGAAAUAUACAAGAUUAAGGCGACACGCUACGACAGCUUUUGUUAUAAGUCUCAGUAUAUCCGACUUAAUUUUUUCUGCUGUAAACUUGCCGUUAACUGCGAGCAGAUAUUUAAACGAGGCUUGGGUGCUCGGUGAGACUCUCUGCAAGGUGUUCCCGCUGUUUUUUUAUGGAAACGUGGCAGUCUCUUUGCUCAGCAUGGUGGCGAUCACCAUCAAUCGGUACAUACUUAUCUCAAGGUCUGACAUAUACGCGCAACUCUACACCACGAAACGAAUAAUUCUGAUGCUGAUUGCCAUCUGGACUUUAAGUUUCUCUUUACUUCUACCGCCACUGCUCGGUUUCUGGGGCACGUUAGGCUUAGAACCAUCCACGUUCUCCUGCACUAUUUUAAAGAAGAACGGUGCAAGUCCAAAGAAAUUUCUAUUCGUCUUAGGUUUCAUCGUGCCUUGCGUGGUGAUAAGCGUCUCGUAUCUUUGCAUUUACUGGCGCGUGCGGAAGAGCAGAAAGAAUCUGGAGGCGCACGUCGGCAUGUCCAGGAGAAAAGCUGGCGGUUUUCAAAGAAGGGAGGAUUCCAGGGUGACCAGACUGAUGUUGACCAUAUUCCUCUGUUUCUUAUUAUGCUUCAUGCCGUUGAUGUUAGUGAACGUUAUCGACGAUAAGAUCAAAAUCCCGAUUUUACACGUGAUAGCUUCUGUACUGGCUUGGGCAUCUUCCGUUAUCAAUCCUUUCAUUUAUGCCGGUACCAAUAAACUUUAUAGGGAGGCAUACAGACAGGUUUUGUGCUCAGCAUCGAGCAAAACGCCAAGUACAGGGCCCAAACCGACGCAUUCACACUCGAGCAAAGUGUCAUCGCCUCAGGCGACUUGAAAUUUGACAGUUCGAUUACAUAUUGCUAUUUAAGUAUUUAAGAUUUGUACAUAUACAAUCAUUUAUGCAGUGGGACAACACUCCUCAGUGCCAAAUUAAUUGAAAUUUAUUAUAAUCUGUAGAAGUCGAUAAAGAAGACUGAAAGAGAGGUGAAUGCACAUGGAAAGCAAUAAUAUUAUGAACGAUUUUCCUCUCUAUUCAUUGGGCAUUCAUUAAAAUAUCUAAUUUAAAUAAUAUAAUUAAUACUAGAUUGACUAUAUAGUGUCAAGCCAAUUGAUAAAAUUAUAUUAAAUUAUUAUUUUUCUAUCUAUUCAAUAUUUUAGUUCGUAAUAUAAAUAAGUGACAAACACAUGUACAAAAGAUAUGAAAUAUUAGUAUAAUAUUAUCAUGUAAAUAUACAGUUAAGAACAAAACUGAACACACACUGUAUAAAAUUGAAUAACUUUUCUAAAGUCAGACCAGGCGACCUAAGUUUUCUUAAGUAGUCAGAUGGAUUAGUUUAUUAAAUGAUGUGUACAUUAAAUUAAUCCACCUGACUACUCAAAAGAACUCAGGUCGUUUGAGAUUCGACUUGAGAAAAGUUAUUCAAUUUUAAUUAGCAUGCGUUCAGUUUUGCACUUGACUGUACAUACUUUAGGGAAUAAAUUAUAAGUAAUAUCUGAAUCCAUUUAUUAAAUAUAAAGAGCGAAGUAACUUAGUGAUUAUAAUAGAUUAAAUUUUUUACAUAUGAUUAGGAAAAUGUGUUUUCCCAUGCAAUGAAACCUGCAAUGGAAUUAUCAUCGGCACAUCUUCGACACUCAAUUUAUAAUACUGGUACAGUUUUCGCGCCGCGCCGGCAUUCGUGAAUCGAAGCGUUCGUCUCGGAUCCGAUCCAGCACUCCGAUACGCCAGCGUGCAAUUUACUGUCAUUCGUGAACACGCCGUACUUCUGGACAGAGAGGAGGCUCUGCUCUUCUUCUUGCUCCGCUGUAAAUCGUAUCGUCGAUAGAGGUGCGCGGUUGCGUUAUGUUGCCGCUAAUUUGGAUUUAUGUUCGCAUUCGCACGUCGCGUCGCUGCCUCGUCGCCUCCGACAGAAUCUUCGAUCGCACCUUCUCCCGUUUCCACCUCUAACAGAAAAUCCUGCGAAUCUCCUGUCAAUCGAAUCUCUUCGAAACGUAACGUGGAAUAAGAUACAUUAUUCAUUCAAUAGCGAAAUUCUAGGAAAAAUGUUUAUAAAGUACUUUCUUUCCGUAUUCUUUCAAAUCAUUUCUUAUCAUCAAACAAAUCUUUAUACAAAUAGAAUUUACUAUAAAAUCUUGAAGAAGCCGGACAAUUUAUUUAUUUUUUAUAGUUUUUCUCACGGUUAUUGAGUAAUGGGCGGAUGGCACGAUCUUCUAUCAACCAAGCGUCUUAUCCAACGACAGAAGGGGGCUAGAGCAACGCGGGCGGGGGCGUUGCGCGAAAAAAUGAUGAAUCCGAUCCGGCGUGGUAGCGGGGAGUACACGGGUCGACAUUACCCGUCAUUAUCGUGGCUCGGCCAACCACUGUAAUCCGUAUUUCAUUUUCUGCCGGUUUUUUCUUACCCACCGCCGCCUCGCCCGUAGAACAAGUGGUUACGGGUCUAGAUUACAGGCGUCGUCGGACGACGACCGAUAGUUUCCUCGAUAGAGCCUCCACCCUCCGUCGGUUUUGCACCUUCCACCCUCUCUCGUUCUUUAACGACAAUCAACUCGGCAUGACGAGAUCAUUCCAAAAAUGCAGUACGACAAGAUUGCCUUUGAUAGAUACAAAAUUGAUGACUAUUAAAAAUAUAAAAAAAUUAAUAUCUCAUGUAAAUUACAAAAAUUAUUAGACAUCGACCAAAGCGAGCAAGAAUUUGUUUAGUCGUUAAUUAAGCAGCUUCAGGUAAUCCUCCUGAUUUUUAUUUAUCCUCCAGUUUGUAUGCUUGUAUGAGGUAUCGUUUGGCGAGCAAUUAGUUCUAUCUUUCUUAACCCCGUUAACCUAUCGACCUGUUCUUCUACGCCGCAUCCUUGGGACCGAUUACACACAUUCUUGCUGGACAAGGUUGUUAGAAAGGGUCGACGGAGAAAGACCGGUGAACGUGUCCAUGUCGCGGUAAUAAGGUGUAAAAGGAAACUCGAGAGCAGAGAAUAAACAAACUAUGUAUUUAAGUACCCGAGGCUGAACGUUCCGCUGAAAAUUUUUGCGAAUCUUCGAAUUGCUCGGUUCGUUUUUUAAUUAGAUUUUUAAAAACUAUCGUUCUUGCUCAUGUUGGUGGAAGAGUGUAUAUUGUAUCUAUUAGUGGAGAAGCAUACAAUACAAAAUAAUGAAAUUCAUAUAAACGCAGAUUGAAAAUUGGAAAUUUUAUUAGUUAUAUGAGAUGCAUUUAUGUUAUUUAUGAAAAUAAUGUCGCUUAUGCUAGAGGCGAGUUUAGGAAAUGGAGAAAAAAAGAAGCUGAGGCAUCGAACAUGAGGGAAUUAACCGCGAGGUCGAAGGGUUAAGGCGAUAAGUGGGAACCCAAAGAAGAGGGGGAGGGAGGGAUUAACCUUCUUUCGAUGGAAAGAUGAGAUACACGGGAUCGCGAGAUGGAUAAAAACGCAAGAGAUUAAUCGUCUCGAAUAGCGUUUGAUCGGCAGCUUCGAAUGAUUUCGUAAUUAAAAUGCGUAUAAAGUAAUG